AUGAACGACCGAUCCAAAGUGAGCAUUGCUCUGAUAUGCUUCUACCUGCCUGCAGAAAUACUUGCCGCCAUUCUUCUCUUUCAUCGACAUGGCAGACCACGGAUGGCAUGGAUCUAUCUUGCGGUCUUCUCUAUCAGUAUGGACCUACCUUCCAAGAUAUCUGUGUUAGUUCUAAUCAUGCCUAGUCCGAAUCGCCUGCGUAUUGGCCUUGCAAUUGCGUCGCUCAUUCUACUCGAUGCCGGCUUCUUUCCUCUGGUGAAUGCCACUGUUGGGCUAUUGCGCAUCAUAGCAGCAAAUGACAUGAAAGAUGAUCCUAAGGCAAAACGCGGAUACAUAAUUUCUCGGAUCCUUUUCAUUGCUGGCAUCGUCCUGAUCGUCGCUGGGGGGUCCCUCAGUGUCAGCCAGCCGAAGACUGCCCUCACUUUGACCAAAAUUGGCUACAUAAUCAUGCUUCUAUUUGUUGCGUGGCUUAUAGUCUGCCAAGUAUACUUUUCGCGCUCACACGACUCACUUUCUGCUCCAAGCAUCAAGAUCUUGCAGGGAACCAUCACCGCAAUCCCUUUCCUUAUCGUCCGAGUUACCUAUCUACUCCUCUCCGUUUUCCAUCCUGACCAUAACAAAUGGAGUGCCCUAUUUGGAGACAUCGAUGCUUGGAUCGUGAUGGUGCUUGUUAUGGAAUACAUUGUUGUGUGGCUUUACAUCGGCACUGGAUAUCGCAUUCCCGCCACGAACAGCCAAGGUGGCUUUUGA